GUGACCCUUAACUCUCCCUUAUUAAUUCUUUCUUAUACUUUUUUUUGAACAAAACUUUGGCAAAUUCUAGUUGUUAACUCUAAGCAACAAUGGGUGACAAAAACGCAACACCGGUGGCUGUGAAGAGGAUAGGCAGAUGGGUUCGAAGCCCAUCGGUGCGAGAGCAAGUGACCAUGGGAGUGGUUGCUGCAUUUGUGUUGCUUGUUUUGAUCAAAGUUUUUGUUAAAAGCCAAACUUAUUUGUUUGUUGCAACUCAAGUUGCUCAUUCUGCUGGUAUCUUACUCUUAAUUUACAAGCUCACUAUCACAAAGACUUGUUCUGGUCUAUCAUUGAAGACUCAGGAGCUUACAGCAAUGUUCUUACUCAUGAGAAUCCUAUGUUUUUUCGGGCUCUUCCGCGAUAUACAUGUUGUUCUUGACUCCCUUACCCUUGUAUGUACUCUAUGGGUGAUCUACAUGAUGCGUUAUAAAGUAAAGAACACAUACAUGCAAGAACUUGACAGCAUGCCUUUAUAUUAUGUGUUAGUACCUUGCGCCAUUGUUGCAAUAAUCGGGCAUCCUGGAUUGCGAGCUGGCAUUAUCUUGGGGUUUUUUUUCAUGUACUAUAUUACUAUUGAAGCUGUUUCAGUGCUCCCUCAACUUCAGUUACUACAAAAGGCUAAGAUGAUUGAGCCAUUUACUGCUCACUAUGUAUUUGCAUUAGGUGUUGCAAGGUUCUUCUCAUGUGCAAAUUGGAUAAAUAUGCUUAUUGGCAGUAGGGGAGAACUCCUGACAAAAAUUGGGCAAGCACAACUUUAUAUACUGGUGGCUCUUAUCGCAGAGGUGGUGCAAACAUUCAUUUUGGCUGACUUUUGUUACUACUACGUCAAGAGUGUGAUGGCAGGAGAGCGGAUGAUGAGGCUACCUUCACUGGUCUGAGUCUAGGGUCCGUUAUCAGGGCAGAUAAUGCUGGGAGCUGCAACCAUAAACUUUGUUCUUGUAAAUGCUCAAGUUUGUUUGCUGCCUCAAUGUACACCCCUAAAUAAACAAUAAGGAAUAAGACUUGUAUGUAUGAUUUGAGUCUCAGUUCCUUCAUCAAUCAAAAACUCAAAAGUGAGCAAAUCUAUGUAAAAUACAGUACUAACCUUGCAAACAUUCAAGUGUGUUGGUUGAAGUAAAACUCAGAGGAAAAGGGUGAUAUUGCUUGAAAAAAAACAGUUUUGGGCUAAUACAUACGAGGUUCAUUUGGGCUUUGGUGCCUAAACGCUCAAAUAUACCUAAAAUUUUGGGCUAGGACUGGCCCAAUUACUGCUAAAAAUUCAGGUCUAAAACAAAUUAAAGUCAAGAGUGAUUAGCUCUAGAUUGCUAUUUUCCA